AUGUUCUCUGCCAUGCUGAUGGACGCCUACCGCGACGAACGCCCCGGGAUCCGCAUCGCCUACAGGACGGACUGUCACCUGCUGAAUCAACGGCGGAUGCACUUCCAAUCGCGCGUAUCCACAACCACCGUUCAGGAACUCCUCUUCGCCGACGACUGCGCCCUGAACACCACCUCAGAAGAGGAGAUGCAACGGAGCAUGGACCUGUUCUCCGCCGUCUGCGAGAACUUCGGUCUGGUCAUUAACACGCAGAAGACGGUGGUGAUGCAUCAACCGCCACCCAAUUCAGCCACAGCCUCCAACGCGCCGCAGCAAAUCAGCGUGAACGGAACCCAACUGCAGGUGGUGGAGAACUUCCCGUACCUGGGCAGUACUCUACCCCGCCACACCAAGAUCGAGGAAGAAGUCGCCAACAGGAUCUCGAAAGCCAGCCAAGCCUUCGGUCGUCUCCAAAACACAGUUUGGAAUCGUCACAGUCUUCAACUGAACACGAAGCUGAAGAUGUGCAAGGCCACCAUCCUGCCGACGCUACUGUAUGGAGCGGAGACCUGGACGGUGUACACGAGGCAGGCACGCCGUCUGAGCCACUUCCACCUCAGCUGUCUUCGUCGCAUCCUGCGGCUGAACUGGCAGGAUCGCAUCCCCGACACUGAUGUGCUGGAACGAACGGAAAUGCUCAGCAUCUACUCCAUGUUGAGACAAAUGCAGCUGCGCUGGAGAGGCCACCUGGUGCGCAUGGACGACGAGCGACUACCCAAACGGCUCUUCUACGGAGACGUCGCGACAGGUUCUCGUCGUCAAGGAGGCCUAAUUCGUCGAUACAAGGAUACUCUGAAGUCCUCCCUCAAGCUACUGCAAAUCAACCCGACCAACUGGGAAGAGCUCGCCCGCGAUCGUCCGACAUGGAGGAGAACAGUGAAGACGGGCGCUGCUAUCCACGAAGCCAGCCGUAUCGCCGCCGCCAAAGCGAAACGCGAAGCCCGCAAAUCCCAACUGCGCCCAGUCAGCAACGCCGCCGCACACCCGCUUCCAACGUGUCCUCAAUGUCAGCGGACAUUUCGGGCUCGAAUCGGCCUUGUUGGACAUCUUCGGAUCAACUGUAGCUCUCGAACUGCACCAAACUUCAUCCCCCCGCCCGCGUCAUCCUCGUCCUCUCUGCCGCCGAAUAACUCUGUGAAUUCUUCUGCACCACCACUUCCAUCCUCCUCCUCCUCAUCCUCCUCUUCCUCCUCCUCCACCACCACUGCCCCAACGGCGGCCGCUCAGGCAGCCGUCUCGCACAUCUCCGACCGCGACACAACAACCGGCACCACCCCCGCCUCUCCCGACUCCAGCAAUGAGAAUCAGGACUACACCUGCCCUCACUGCCACCGUACCUUCACCUCACACAUCGGCCUGGUCGGUCACUUGCGAAUUCAUCGCACAGAGACCGGCGAACCAGUGCCUGGAGCACCAACCUACACCCACCGCACUCGCCUCCACUGCCCACACUGCCCUCGCACCUUCACGCAUCGCAUGGGUCUAUUCGACCACAUGCGCAUCCACGAGAGCCGAAUUGACCACAAUUCCGACACGCCAACCACGCCCAUCAUGCCCAGCACCACCCUCGUACCGUCCAUAUGCGUCACCACCAACGCCUCCUUUGUAGCUGAUUCUGACACCGCCGACUUCACAUGCCCACACUCUCCACGCACAUUCACCUCACGCAUCGGCCUGGUCGGUCACUUGCGAAUCCAUCGCACAGAGACCGGAGAACCAGUGCCUAGAGCACCAACCUACACCCACCAAGCUCGUCUCAACUGCCCACACUGUCCUCGCACUUUCAGGCACCGCAUGGGCCUAUUCGGCCACAUGCGCAUCGACGACGACCUGCGGUAG